AAGUAAGCAUACUGUGUUCCCUCAGUACACACCGAGAGAAAGACAAAAGCCUCGACUUUCUAAUGAAACUUAAGACUUUCUCCUGAUGAAGGAUCAUAGCAGUGCUGCAAGGAAAACUGGGAAUGCUGCCAGUGGCAUGUAAAGCUCCUGCUGGAAGUGGAACUAACUGAACUGCAACUAGAGACUACGCAAAGAUAACAUGGCUGCCAUAUCAGGAAAUAUUCUCACUUGUCCUCUCUGCCAAGACAUUUGUAAACAUCCAGUAAUGCUGUCAUGUAAUCACAGCUUCUGUUAUGGCUGUCUACAGACCCAGUGGGCAAACAGAGAGAUUUCUGAGUGUCCGGUCUGUAAGAGAAAGUCUUCCAAGGAAUUACUACCUAUACUUUUUGCGAUAAUGAGCAAAUGUGAGGUCUCAGGAUCAGAAUCUGUUCCUGUCUGCAGCCUGCAUGGAAAGAAACUCAGCUUCUUGUGUUUGGAUGACCAGCAACUGAUCUGCAGCUCCUGCAUGGAUUCAGAAACACACAGCAACCAUACACUCCAACCCACCAACGAAGCAGCUCAGGCAAGAAAGAAGGAACUUCAGGAUUCCUUAAAGCCCCUACGGAAGAAACUGAGGCUCAUUCAUCAAGUGAAAGGAAACUACGACCAGACUGCAGAGCACAUUAAAGUUCAGGCUGAAAGGACAGUGAGGAGCAUUAAAGAGGAGUUCAAGAGGCUUCAUCAGUUUCUGAUAGAGGAAGAGGAAGCCAGGCUGGUUGUACUGAGAGAGGAGGAGGAGCUGAAGAGUCAGAUGAUGAAGGACAAGAUUGGGGCUCUGAGUAAAGAGAUAACUGCUCUUUCUGAUAUAAUUAGAGCAACAGAAAAGGAGCUGAGAGCUCAAGAUGUCUCAUUCCUGCAGAGCUACAAAGCUGCAGCAGAAAGGGUCCAGCAGCAACCUCUGUCUGAAGACCCUGAGCUCAUCUCAGGAGCUCUGAUAAACGUGGCCCAUCACCUGGGCAACCUGAGCUUCAAUGUCUGGAACAAGAUGAAGGAGAUGGUUUCUUACAGUCCAGUAAUUCUGGAUCCAAACACGGCUCAUCCAGACCUCCUCCUGUCUGAGGAUCUGACCGGUCUGAGGCAGGGAGAGGGAAUGCAGGAAGUCCCAGAUAAUCCAGAGAGGAUUGACCACUUCAUCUCUGUUGUGGGCUCAGAGGGCUUUGACUCAGGGCGUCACAGCUGGGAGGUGGAGGUGGGAGACAACAACGCCUUUGUGCUGGGGGUGUUAAUGGAGUCAAAUCAGAGGAAGGGUCUCAUAUGGCCUGGACUGUGGAGGCUGAUGUUCUGCAGGGGAGAAUACAAAACACUCACGCCAUCAGACACAGGCUCUGACGUCUCGGUGAUGGGGAACCCCAAGAAGAUCAGGGUGCUGCUGGACUGGGAUGGAGGACAGCUGUCGUUUUCUGAUGCAGAAACUGGUGCACACAUACACACCUUCACACACACUUUCACUGAUAAGAUGCUUCCUUACAUUAGCACCUGGAGCGAGUCUCCAAUAAAGAUAGCAGCACGGACUGUCUCUGUAGCCGUGGAGCCUCAUGGUUAGAGAUGCUCCUUCACUCACAGUGUGCCUUUGGAACAAAAAACAUAUUUUUAAAUUUGUUUAAUGAUGUAAAAUGUUUUAAUUUUCCAAUGACAGCUGUAGUCUUCUGAUGCUAGGAAAGAAGCCAAAUCAGUGAAGCUGCUGUUCUAAUAGCUAUAACUAUUAUCCCUCAUAGCUGCCAUUAUAUGUGCAAUUUAAUGUAGCUCUAUUUUUCUCUCUUCACAAUAGUUUAGGCCUUCUUACUUGAACAGAUAAGCUGAAGUUGUAAAAAGAGGCAGGAUGUGUGAGUUAAACUCCCUCAGAAACUUUUCUAAAAUCAUAUUUACAUAAUAUUGUAAGAAAUAAUGUUGUCUAUAUAACUAUAUAUGUUUUAAGAAACUUAUACCCUUUCUUUGGACAUAUAUGUGUGUUUGAUACAAAAAUAUAUAUUGAAUAAAAGCGAGUAAUAGACAUUUAACUUUAUGCACAAAUAAAUGUCAAGGUAAACAUUUAGUUAAUUUUGUUGUUGCUUUGGGUGGAAUUAAUAAUAAUAAAAACUACAGGGGGUUAUAUAUGUAAACAUGAAAUAUUUGUAAAUGACUGCUAUGAGAUAUUAAAUGCAUUCAGUCCUUAUUUAACUUAAUAAAAGUUUACUUUGUUAUGUUUGGUCAUUUUUUUUACCGCAAAUUAUUACAAUUCUUGUUGUUCUUGUGGUUGUUAUUAUUAUUAACUUAAGGGUGUGACGCGACUCCA